CACUGAAAUGUAAACAUUUCGGGUGGGGACACCUCGAAGCUCAAAGAGUUUUAUAGGUUAUUGUAGACUCGAUACCGGUUGCAGGCUGCAUUGCCGCACUCAUCGCAUCCAUGAUAUAAUUAUUCAUUCCGAAGGGGACAGUCGUCAGGUGCACAACGAUUGUCCCGAGUUCUUUUUUCAACUUGUUAUUUUGUAUUUAACUCACUUUUGCAAUUGGCCAAAUCGAACCUGAAAGGGAUCGGGUGCCAAGAAGAAGAUGAUACAAUUGUUCGGGAUGCGUAUCGUACUUAAUCAAAUUAAAUUACAUUAAAUUAAAAAUAAACAUGACUUGUCCAUCGCUGAAUUUGGCCGAAUCAAUUGUUGACGAGGUUGCCUUGGAGGGGUUAGACGGCAUUACUUUACAAGCAUUAUGGAUACGAUUAGCGAACAGGCUUCACGAUUCAUUGCCGUUCCCUAAGACUUUUAUGGAACAGGUAUGGUCAAUGUGCAAAAGAAUUAAGGAUUUUUCGUUUUACAAACUGAAAACACCGAGGGAAGCGCUCGUCUUGUUUGAUCGUUACGAGUUCGUGCAUCCUGACCUCGGCAUUAUAUACGAGCCUCCAAACGUUCCGUCAGAUAUUUAUCCACACUGUCCCGUUCAAAGUGCCAAGACUGGUGUGAGAGGAUCUUGCUGCACUUAUUACACGAGAAAGGACGUCACGAACGACGCAAAGAAGCAGAGUCUAGAUGAGGUAACGGAAAAGUAUGGUUUGAGCUUGGUGAUCGUGGCGUCGCAGGCGAUCAGAACACGAGCUUUGCUCGACGCCAACGUGAGUCCCACGUUGGAACUGACGCUCAUGCAUUAUUGCUUCCUGGAGAGAGUGGGAAGGGCUCGUUAUCACGGCGAAGUUACUCAAGGCAAGCUCAGCUUGGCUGCACUCAAGCAAACCCCGAAGAUCCUGUUUUAUCACCGAAAGUUCUUACUCCAACAUAAACUGAUCACGAAGCAGAUCCAUCAUCAGAAGAGCGCUAGCCACUGUGGCAGCGGUAGCUUGUUGCAUCUGCCACGUUUCUACGUGGAACGCAAGCCGAAGAUGAUCUACUUGGCGGAGCAAGUGCUCGAAAUCCUCAAGUCCAAGGAGAACGGUGUGGCGGACUACGACGAGGUCAAGAAGAAGCUUGGGAUCGAGGAUUCCAUCAAGAAGCUGUUCAAGACUUCCUUCUUCCAGAAAAUUGUCAAGACGGAUAUCUGUGUGCCGUACAGGACUCUGUAUCCCAACGCGGAGCCCACCGAGUGGCGACAGAAGAACGAUCCCUCGAAGGAAAAGAAGAUUAGGGUGGUGCAGCUGCUGUACCCAGACAUCGACGUUGCUGAUAUAUGGAACAAGGAAGAGAAAGACGACGAAGAGGACGUCGUUGAGCUGGAUAAUGCCAAGCAGAAAUGUAAUGUCCCUUACUUGAAGCAGGCAAACGAUAUUAUCGAGGGCAGCCAGCUGGACGGCAUAUCGCAAACUUUCUUAGGGAAAGAGAUGGGCGUUACCAAAUUGCAAUCUAGGGGUAUCCUGAGGAACAUGGUAAAGCUGAAGAUUAUCGCGACGUAUAUGAACGAUAUAGGUCGCCAAAGAAUCACGAGAUACGUGUCGAAGAAAUUCGAGAAGAACAGUAAAAUGAGUAAGCAGUUUAACAAAGAGAUGCACAAGAUUAAGAAACUUACCAAACAGAUAGCCAGUGAAAAUGCAGGAAAGCUGAAGCAGAAAGCACAAGCAGAGAAGCCUGUGCAACACAAAGACGAUGGAACAAAUCAGAAGUCUCAUUCAGAUAAUGGUCGAGUUGAUGUUGAAGCAUCAAUUAUCGAUAAAAAUGAUGACAAAAAUAAGGGCGAAGAUAAGGAUAAACGUACACAUUGCGCUAAGAAAAAUAACGAAUUAAAGAAUAAAUUCCAUACCGUGAACAGAAUUUUGUAUAGAUAUCAAAUGUCGAAAUUUAUACCUAAGUACAAGUGCACGUCGUCGUGGUCUCUACUGUCAAAAAUGAGUCCCAAGGCAGAUGAGGAGCAGCAGAAAUCGGACGUUCUGUCUACGUCUUUGCAGCAAAUCGCAAACGAUGCCAAGACCACGUCGCUGUACAAUAGUAUAAAAAUGAAUCUUACAACGCAGAAGUCCAGUCGUACGGAGAAGGGGGUUAACGAGGGUUUCUUGGAUAUUGUGCAGAACAACGAGAAGAGCCGUACAUCUAAUAUCACGUAUAGAUUGCUGAAGCGUGCCAACAUGAUCAUCGAGGCGGUAAAGGAGCAUCAAGUAAUCGACGAUACGACGAAACUCAUGAAGAUGAUCUACGAGGAAGAGAUCAAGGAGGGUUACGACAAGAAAAUUGACAAGAAAUCUCUUAUCAGACUGCUGCAGAAGCUUGCCAAGGACAACCUGGUAAAGAACAUCAAGCUGACACUGAGCGCGAACGGACGCGAGAAGAAUCUCACCUUCAUCUGCGACCCGAACAUCGACAUCGAUCACACCGUGAUCAAAUCGGCCGUCGAGCAAGCGAAAGUCAAGUUUUGCUUGUUGGCGUCUCAGAAGGCGAAACUCGUGAAGAAGAUGGCAAUUAAGCAGGAGAAAGUGGACAAGUCGGAGUCCAGGCAACGGUUACAGCUCGUUCCGUUGGAGAAGAUGCUGUCGAAAGAUGCACUGCGCUCGACGACCUACAGGUACGAUGUCAGGGCCGGCAAACGCUACGGUCUCAGCCCGAAGUUCAUCCGGAUGCAAACGAUGCACGUUCUAUUGUUCUAUUUGGUCUACGACCACCCUGGCGUGCCGAAGUUAUCGCAACACGAGCAGGUGGAAGUUCUCAGAGCCAGUGGCUACAAGAUCGAUGAUAAACUGGUAAAGGAGUUUAGCACCAUCUACAAUACCGAAAUAAGCUGGAAAAUGUUUGUUCCGCCCUUGCCCAAGCACAGCGGAUGGCCCGAUGGUUGGACGCUGAUGUGCGACGUGCUGCUGGGGCUGCCUUUGUCAAUUUUCGUCAAGGUGCAUAAUAUCACCUUCGUAAUACCGGAGUUGGAGUACUACUUGUACCACCCGAUCAGGAAACAUUAUCUUAUCAAGAAUAUUCCGGUUACCAUACGGAAUACCUUGUUGCAUGCGCGGAAGUAUAUAUUCAAUAUCCACGAUACUGUAACCAGGUUGGCCUACAUUGGCCUAGUGCAAUUUGGCCCGCAGCGAUUGAAAGAUAAGGACCAAGUGUUCAUCUACGUGAACCGUCGCGCGGAACUGAUGGACACAGUUUCGUCGGCACCAAGCUACCACAAGAUCGAAGACAAACCGUAUCCCGUGACCAAGUACUUCUUCGAUCGCACACAGGACGUCGAGAAAUAUUGGUACGAUAUGUGGACCGUUUGCGUUAACACGCCACUGGGUGGCAGACUGGUGGUACACGGCAAAGAUAUUCUACUUGAGGAUUUGAGUAAGAAAACUGCCAUGAUAGAGGCAGUUGCUGCACGCACUCCGAAGGAAACCAUUGAAAUGGACACCGGUGCGAUUCCCGGAGAUCGUAAAGGCGCAGCUGGCAUCGAUUCCGCUUUCUUCGCUCAUUUGAAACGCAAUUGGAAUUGGUUGCCUAACUAUUGUACAAAUCAGGCCAACGCAGCUAGAAAGCAGCAAAACUCCAGCACCAGUCAACGAGAUUUGCAUCUCUCGAGGAUCCAAAAAUGCCCGGUCAAGUAUACGGAGUACGACGGAUUGAAGAAGGUCUCUGGGCCACCUGGGCCGGCGCCUGCUCUAAGUGCGGCCGAGCUGCGGAAGAAGGUUUACGAUCACCUGAGCAACGCCGGACGGAAGAACGAGGCCCUACCGUCGCAUCAGUCCAGCAGGCAGAAAUCCUUCGUGCGCCGAGUGAUGCCGCGCAAGACGAGCGUCCGACCGCGCCUCAAGUACGACGAGGACGACUAUCGAGCGCUGCAGCGGAUGGACAAGCUGCGGGUGGACUGGGAUUCGCACGAGGACAACAUUCUCCUGGUGUGCAAGGUGGCGACGAUGUACUUGUGGCCGAACCCGCGCAAGCAGAUGGUCAGCUUCAUAGUGGUGAGGGACGUCCUGCGCAAGUUCUCGUACAACUCGUACAACAAGACUUCGCGCGCUUGUCAACGCCGGUUGCUGUACAUGCUGAGGCAGCCGCGCACGAUGAACAGCGUCGCGCUGGGCGUCGAAGAGAUCAAGCAGGACCCGUUCGUCGACAGGCGCUACAGCGGCGUGAUGGAAAGGCUGAAGGCCGAGAGCGCGAAUCCAGCGGAGUACGAGAAGCGCGUGACGGAGGUGUUCAAAGAGCUCGUUAUGUACAUCGUGGAAAAAUAUUACAACAUCACGGAAAUCAAGCCGAAGAAGCACGCGGAGAUCCCGAGGACCAAGCAGCAGUUCGAUCUCUUCUUCGAGCUGGUGCAUCCGGCGAAUCCGCGUCACAAUCAGGGCUUCACGAAGGACGUGCGUAACACGGACGACAUUCACUCGGCGACCAUCAAUUCCGUCAUACACAGUUCCAUGUGCUGUGGAAAGGACAGGCGCUGCUGGGCUUAUCAGCUCUUCAAGGUGUAUCAGCAGUAUCCAGAGGUUCUCUUGAGGCAAGCGAUGAGUAAAAUUAGAGCGGAUCAAUUGGUAACCGUGAAGAAGCACCAUUUGGCGGCCAUCAAGAAGUACGGCAACUACAUGCCGAUGAGCAGUGCGCAGUACCAACUGAGUAUCAACUAUAUCUACAAGCUCCAGACCAAGUGGCCUUACAACAUGUUCAAGGAGUGCUACGAUGUUUUUGAGAAGCUGCUGUUUUAUUAUGCGGAACAGAGAAAUGCCAAUCCGUCGCCAGUACAGGAGCGAGUGUUCAACGGUACUGAAAUCCUGCCGGUUUCCAGCGGCAUUAUCACUGUCAUGCACGACUUCCUGGCACGCGAGCAGAUCGACUUCGAGAUUGAAAUGCCGGAUCAAAUCAUCAUGCUGGACGCAAGGUACCAGGGCAAGGACGAGACUUACUUCAGGGUCGCGCAAAGGUACCAGGACAUUCUUACGAGACUGUAUCGCUUUAAAUAUGAAAACGUUGAAGCUCAGAAUGCCGAGCUCGUCGAACUAGAGACGGAAACGCAGGAAAAACGAGGAAAUUGUGCGAAAAGGAAGAGAACCGAUGAAAACAACGAUCUUGAAGAACCGGUAUCGAAGGUAUCUCGCAUGAACGAAGAAAAGAGUGAAAGAAAAAAAGGAUCUCUGCGAAAUAAUGCUACACCGGAGAAGGAAUCGGUUCAGCAUGGAGGAUCGACGCACCAAAUUCGUGCAGAUUGCUCGUCAAGGAAGCGACCUAUCGAUGUCGAAGAGGAUUCUAUGGAUCGUGAAAAGCCCGCCUUGAAAAGAGCGAGACCGAACGACUCUGACGACUUGAUGGAUCUAGAUAUAGAGGAACACGAGGAAUUGAACUUGUGCGAGGAUCUUGAAGACAUCGACAAGAUGAAGAACAUUUCCAAACCCUUUGAAUUAGCGAGAGAGUUACAGGCGCGAGAAGAGGAAGAAGGCCAACGCAGCUAGAAAGCAGCAAAACUCCAGCACCAGUCAACGAGAUUUGCAUCUCUCGAGGAUCCAAAAAUGCCCGGUCAAGUAUACGGAGUACGACGGAUUGAAGAAGGUCUCUGGGCCACCUGGGCCGGCGCCUGCUCUAAG